AUGUCUUCUCACGGCGUCCCAGAGGUCCUGAUGGUUAAGGUGGACGCGUAUGUCGACUCUUUGGCGCCUCAGAUUCAACCCCGCAUCGCAUCUGAGAUCGACGUCUUUCAGCAAAAGACCAUUGACAGCCUGGAGGACCACGUCGUUGAUGCCUUUCGCUCGCUUUUCAACAAGAAGGACCGCUCCGAAGACAGUUCGAGGGGCCUGACCGAUGCGCCUCCAGAUUCUUACGGCCACAGGUCCCUUCCUUUUGCGGACGAAGUGGCCCAAUUGACGCGCAGCUUCAGCAAGAUUACCGAUGAAGCAGAAGAUGACCUGCGGGAUAUCUUCAACCUCACUGAGGAUGCCGACUCGCAAUCCCGGGGUGGUGGCGAUGUGCAAUCUCGGGGUUUCAACAGCAAUGAAGGCCUCUCUGGAGCCAAGGGAUUCCUGUCCGCCGCCAUCAACGUCGUCCAAGACCACCUCGACAAGAAUCCGGGAGGCGGUCCAAAGUUUGAACUGGACGGUCUCUUGGGCGUCAUGAGCAACACCAUCAAGGACGCCGCACGCAGUCCCGAGGAAAAGGCUCGAACCAUUGCUCCCGAGAUCAAGGAGCAGGUCGGUGCCAAGCUGAGAGAGCAGCACGGGCCCAUUGCAGAGCAGUUUACUCGCGUUGCCCUGGACCACAUUAAAAAGUGGCUGCGUGGCAACUCGAGCGCCCGAGACCUGGGCGAUGGUGCCAAGGCCGAGAUCAAGGAUCAUGUAGAAGAUCUGGUCAAGGGCUUGGGAGGUUUAUUUGGCAAAAAGCACUCUGACGAGGGUGCCUCGAGAGGUCUCGGCGACCGCGACGGUGAAGAUGGAGGCAGUGGCGGCGGCUUCUCAAAGGUCAUUAGUGACAAGCUCACAACUGGUCUCGCCAAGGUCCAUAGGGAAGUCCGUAUCGAGUUCCGCAAAAUCCUCGGAGAGAUUGAAAAGCGGCUCUUCGAACUUUUGCCCGAUCAAUUCCAAAGACCCUUGGAGAAGAUUCUGGGUGGCAAUCCCUUUGACUCGCAGCUUGACCGUGACGCUGGAACCACAGCUGAUCGCGGAUUUGGAGAUGACCUCAAGUCCAAGCUUGUGGAGAAAAUCCGUGGUCUUGUCCGAAAACUCCAGGAGACAUUGCGCCAGAGCAUACUGGGUGUUGUGAAUGGUGGUCACCGCAAGCUCGAGCUGGAGAGUUGGCUCUUUGUGCAUGGCAUGGUUGAGCAAAAGGUGCAGAAGUAUCUGCCCAAGGUGAAGAUCUCGGUACCUGAUGAUAUCGGCAACGAAGGUGUCAGUGUCGGAGCGCCAGUGGUGAAUCUUGGUGGCGGGCACCAGGCGGUGCCCCCAGCCUCGACUGAGCCAUACCAGCAGCAUGGUGCACAAAGCUAUAACCCACCACCACAACAGCAAUCGUACCAGAACUACCCAUCAUCCAACGAGUAUCAGGGUGGGCAUUAUCAACAGCAGAGUUAUAACUCUGCACCGCAACACCAGAACUAUCCACCCUCCAAUCAACAUGGUGGGCAGUAUGGAUACUCCCAGCAAGCUCCCGAUCCACAAUACCAACAACACCAACAGAACUACCCUCCCAACUACUAUCAACAAUAG